GGACUGAAAACCAAGUGAGGAGAUGGUGAGUGAAGGAGCAGCUUUUAUACAAAUUGUAUCCCAUAAUAUCCACACCAAUCUUCAGGCAGUUUGACUAUCCUGUGGGCAAUCAGGGGUGGAAAUGUCCCUUAUGCUGUGUGAGAAGAUCCAGCUGAGAGAGCUGUUUACUCAGUGCUGUGUGUUGGAUAUUCAAUUUGCUUGUUGGACGCAUUUCCCUUCUGAUUUCCAGGCUGAGUUUUGUGGAUGUCUCGUUCCUGACUAUGAGAAGAAGGAUUGCACUGUAGAACACCAGAGAAUACGGAGAGGGUGCACAGCACUGAUAGAUCCUAACUAUCAUCCAAGGAACAACUGCACAACGACAUGAACGAGAAACUAAUUGAGUGUGAGGAACAUGAUCAAGUUUGCACACAGUCAUCAACGCUCAUGAAUCACCAACACAUUGAAGGAGAUGAGAAGCUGUUCAGGUGUGAGUUGUGUGAAAAAUCAUUCUCGAAAUCGUGGAACCUCCACAGGCACCGACGCACACACACAGGAGAGAAACCAUUCACAUGUGAGGUGUGUGACCAAUCCUUUGCACAGUUAUCAACCCUUCGCACACACCGGCGCAUUCACACAGGGGAGAGACCAUUUGAGUGCAACGUGUGUAACAAAUCAUUCUCACAUUCAUCCACUCUCCGUGAACACCAACGCAUUCACACUGGAGAGAAACCAUUCAAAUGUGAUGUGUGCAACAAAUCAUUCUUGGACUCGUCAUCGCUCCGUGUACACCAACGUGUUCACACAGGAGAGAAACCAUUCACAUGCGAAGUGUGCGAUAAAUCAUUUGCACAGUUAUCGACACUCCGUGCACACCAACGUAUUCAUACAGGGGAGAAACCAGUCAAGUGUGAGGUGUGUGAUAAAUCCUUUUCACAGUUGGGGAGUCUCCUGGUCCAUCAGAAAAUCCACACAGGGGAGAAACCCUUCAAGUGCGAGGUUUGUGGUAAAGCUUUUGUGAGGUCUUCGAGCCUCCUGAUACACCAGAUGAUUCACACUGGAGAGAAACCCUUCCAAUGUGGUGUUUGUAAAAUGUCUUUCAUCCAGUCCUCUGAUCUCCUGAGGCACCAGAGGAUUCACACAGGCGAGAAACCCUUUAAAUGUGACCUCUGUGACCGAGCCUUCAGACAGUUAUCGACACUUGUGGAUCAUCGUCGUAUUCACACGGGGGAGAAGCAGUUCCCAUGUGAGGUGUGUGACAAGUCUUUCUCGAGGUCCUCAUACCUCCUGCGACAUCAGAGGAUUCACACAGGGGAGUAACACUUGAGCUGUGAUAUUUAUGAAAAUUCUUUCACCAAACUUCCAAUCUUCUAAAACAUCAACAGCACAACAUUGGUGAGAGAUGAGGGAUAAUUUUUUAUUUGAGUGAGUUAUGCAAUAAAGACUUCACACAAUUGUUGAAUCUCUCACAGCAGUGCUUUUCAAAGAUUUUACCAGUGUAACCCUUUUUGGGGCUUGAAAAUUGCACCAAUCUCUCAGUGAGCGGUCAGGGGAAUGGGGGAUUAGCAUGUUGAAACAGGACCUAGGAGAGAAUGGAGGGAGAUCUGGCCAUUGCUACCUCAGAGAAUGCAAUCCCAAAUUUCCAACUCAUGACCUGACCCUAGUUUGGGAGAACCUGUGUGCCAGAGCCUCUGCAGUCACACAGACACAAACUCUACCAGUGUGAUGUGUUGGGAUUGUUUUGGCCCCCUCGUCCUCUCUCACGAUAUACUGAUGUCUCCAUAUGAACUUGUAGUUGGGUCAUCUACUUCCAUUGCACUGAGAGCUGUCUGGGGUAGUCUAUCCUCUAGUGCUCACACAGGGGAUCUGUCAUUCCAAAACACUGUCUCUUUUAGGAGUGUCUGUUCUGUCCAAAUCUUCCAUGAUAUUUAAAACAUUUUUCAAAUCUCCUCUUAACCUUCUCCAAGGAAAACAGUUCCAAUUUCUCAAUCCAUCUAUGUCCUCAUCCCUGCAACUGAAUUCCCUUCAAUCUUCUCUGCACCCUCUCUAAUAUCUUCACAUCCUUCCUAAACUAUCGUGCCCAAACUGGUUGCAGUACCCCAGUGGAGGCUGAAGCAGUAUUUUACACAGCUAGAACAUAUAACUCCUUGCCUUUGUACUCAAAGUCCAUGUUGAUAAAGUCCAGGAUACUGUAUGUUUUAUUAACCACUCUCUCAAACAGCUUCAAUGAUUUUUGCCCAGAUAAACCCAGGUUCCUCUGCUCCAGCCCCUCUUUUAGAAUUAUGCCUUUAUAUUAUCUCUCUGAGCUCCUUCAACCAAAAUAAAUCACUUCAUACUUCUCUGCAUUAAAUUUCAUUUGAUACUUGUCCAUCAGUGGCAACAGUCACUGUCUUCCUCACAGUUCACAUCAUCUCCCAAAUUUUAUAUUAAUCACAAAUGUUGAAUUUUUGGCGUGUACACCAAGGUCUAGCUCAUUCAUUUAUAUUAGGAAGAGCAGGGGUCCUAACUGACCCCUGGGAAAUGCAGCAAUAAACCAUUCUCCAGUCCAGGAAACAUCUAUUAACCACUCCUCUGUUUUCCAUCACUCAGCCCGUUUUGUAUUCAUUUGCUUUUAUUUUAUUCUAUAACCUCUAACUUUGCUGAUAAAUCUGUUGUCUUGCACUUUAUCAAACUCAAGUAAGGGAGUUCUAUACAAUUUGCUCUGAACAUAUUUGUGCUGGUUUCCUUUCAUUAAUCUGCAUUUGUCCAAGUGAUUUCAUUUUGUCCUGAAUUGAUUUCUCUAGAAGCUUCCAAAUCACCAAUGUUAAACUCAUUAACUUGACUGGAGGUUGAUGGGUUUAUGUUUGCAUGUGUGAAUUUGAAGAGGGUGUAAUAUGUACAAUGCUGCAGUUCUUUGGCACCACUUCUGAAUCUAAGAAAGACUGAAAAAUUAUGGCCAAUAUCACCACAAUUUCUACCCUCUAUAUCCUGACUUUACCUGAACCAACUCCUCUUUAAAAAUUGUUCAGUUACCAUUUCUCCUGACAAUCUUAUAUUAAAAUUUAUAUGGUCAAAUCUGUAAGUAUUUCUUUGUAGUUAGUUUUCCUCCAGUUAAUUAUUUAUGUUCUGAAUUGUUCCUUGUCCUUUUCCAUCGCUACACCUAAACCUUCUGAUAAAAUUAUCUCUGUCCCCUGAACAUAGCCUGAAUGUCACUUACAAUUGUUCAGUGAGAUCCUUGACCCUGGCACCAGAGAGGUAACAUAUCACCAUGGAUUCAUGCCUCCUGUCACAGAAACAUUUAUUUGUUCCCAGAACUAUCAAGCCUCCUAUCUUGCUGUUCUAGUUUUCAGUGUACCUCCCUGUACAGCUGAGCUAGCUGUUGUACCAUGGAUUCCCCAGAUUCCCCAUCACUUUCAUCAGGAUUGAGAGCUCUGUACUGGUUACAGAGUGAGAUACGCUCAGGGGUCCUGCACUUCCUGCCUUCCUGACACUUCCUAAACUCACCCCUGAACAGCCCAACUCCAAUUUUAAUGCUAUGGCCCCAUCCUUGUAAAGUGAGCCAGCUCUCAGGGGUGGUUAUGAGGUAGAAUCAGACCCAGCUUUAGUUGGUGACGUGAAUUAUAAACAGAACCUCUUUAGGUGAUGGCUGUUUGACCAAUAUCAUGGGGAAUGUUUGGAUACUCCUGUCUGGGAGCACUAUUAUCCUCAGUAUGGGAGGGAGUGGGUGUGAGUCUCUACAUACCUGAAUUUCCUGAGCCCGUCACACUUCAAAGUAAUAACUGACGUGUUCACCUUAUAGUCUUACAAACUUCAUUUCAUCUUCUGGGAAAGAUCUUGAGUCAUUUUCAAAUGCAUUGUUAUUUUAUGAUUUGUAGUUUGAUUUACGCUGAAUGUUGUCUUGUUGUUUGUCGCUUCAUCAAUCUCCUGUAUAGUUGUAUGUCUUACAAUAAAUUCACUGUUUAGCUUCA